AUGACUUCCGGGCGCAAGCAGGCCUGUCUAUUCGACAUGGAUGGCCUUCUUAUCGAUUCAGAGGACAUUUAUUCGCUAGUGAUAAAUACUAUUCUGCAUGAGUAUGGUAGGCCAUCUAUGCCAUGGUCUAUCAAGGCACAGUUGCAGGGCCGUCCCGCUCCACAGGCCAGAAAGAUAUUCCACGAUUGGGCCCAACUGCCCAUCAGCAUGGAAGACUUCCGCGAGAAGCAAGCAGCGCUCCAGAAAAUACAUUUCCCGACCACAAAGCCGUUACCAGGCGUAGUUUCUCUACUAUCGACUCUUGCUAAGACCGCGCAGACUCCAUGCCCAAUUCAUAUGGCACUAGCCACGUCAUCGACGUCCGAAAACUACGCCUUGAAAGCCGCCCACUUGGCAGAUCUUUUCUCCGUAUUCCCUGAAUCGAGACUGAUCCGAGGUGACAAUCCCCGCAUCGGCGCGGGAAGAGGCAAGCCGUUACCAGACAUCUAUCUACUGGCACUGGAGGCUGUCAAUGAGGAAAUACGCGCAGCAAAUAACGGUGAACCUGAAAUAAAACCGGAAGAAUGCCUCGUGUUUGAGGAUUCCGUCUCUGGCGUCGAGGCCGGGCGACGGGCGGGGAUGCAGGUUGUCUGGGUUCCGUAUUCCGGGCUUCUUGAAGAAUACCGCGGCAAGGAAGAACUGGUCCUAGCUGGUUUGACCGGUGAGCAUAAAGAUGUUGAUGUGGAGCAUGCGGUACUGGAAGGGCUUGAGGGGCUUGAUACAUGGCGAGGCCGUGGAUCUGGGAAGACUGGCGAAGUUGGUGACGGCUGGGCCCAUUUAUUACAGAGUCUGGAGAACUUCCCUUACGAAAAGUUUGGAAUCAAGAUCCAGCAGGGGAAAGUCGUCGUGGUAUUAGCUCUUUUAAUGGCUUCAAGUUCCAAUCAGGAACGAAGCGGUGAUAGUUAUGGACACAUCACUGGCAAAUUCAGCGACUCUGAUCACGUUCCAAUUGGAGGAUCCAUGGAUGAUGUCCGCAUAAGAACCUGGCAACUGAAGAAGGAUCAAUUUCAUUCAAGCUGCCACUGCGCUGUGUAUACAGGUGCAGUGAAUAACACCCCCAACCAGCAGUUGAAACGACAGUUCGAUGAGUGGAAUGAUUGGCUCUGA